CCUUACCUGGUUGCCAGGAAGAAUGUGGAAAUGUAACCAUACCUUACCCAUUUGGAAUUGGAGAAGGAUGCUUCAUGGGUACUGAUGAUAGUUAUCUUAUAACAUGUGAGGCCAAGAAUGGCAGAAGCCUCAAACCUUACCAAGGAACUGGACCCAUUGAGGUCCUAGAGAUGUCACUGGAAGGGCCAGCUAUAUUCAAUAGUAGCUUUCAUGCUUAUCAGUGUUUCAGUUCAAGUGGAGAAAACACAAAUUGGCAAAACUACUGGAUUGAUAUGAGAGCUUCACCUUUCAGGUUCUCAGUGACUCGAAACAAGUUUACAGCGAUUGGAUGCGACACCUUGGCUACUAUAAGUGAGUAUGUGGCUCAAGACUUCAUGAGUGGGUGUGUUUCUGUGUGCAGUGACUUGGGGAAUGUGAAGAACGGGUCUUGCUCUGGAAUUGGUUGUUGCCAGACUUCAAUCCCUCUCAACCUCAAACGUUUUAAUGUGACUAUUGGGAGUGCAUACAACCACACUAAGAUCUGGCGGUCUAACCCUUGUAGUUUUGCUUUCUUGGCUGAUCAAGACUGGUUCACCUUCAAAUUAUCAGAUUUCUCUGCUGAUCGCUUUGUCAGUUCAACUAUUCCUGUGGUGAUGGAUUGGGCGAUUGGGAACCAAACAUGUGAAGUAGCAGUUGGUGACACACAGUCGUAUGCUUGUGGCCCAAAUAGCUAUUGCUCUAAUUCCACCAAUGGUCCUGGCUAUCGGUGUUUCUGCAAUGAUGGUUUUCAAGGGAACCCUUAUCUCUCUCAAGGAUGCCAAGACAUAAAUGAAUGUGAGAAGGGUUACAAUAAUUCUUGCUAUCUAAGUGCUAUUUGUACCAACACUUUCGGGAGUUACACCUGUUCUUGUCCACGAGGCGACCAUGGUGAUGGCUGGGUAAAUGGCACUCGUUGUACCCACGAUCCGAAAUCUUUUCCAUUGAUAAGCAUUAUUUUAGGUAUUGGGCUAAGCAUUAUAUUUCUACUUGUUUGCAUUUAUUUUUCAUAUUGGGCAAUCAAGAGAAGAAGACUUAUCAAACUCAAAGAAAAAUUCUUCCAAGAAAAUGGGGGUUUACUAUUGCAACAACAAAUAGCUUCGCAUAAAGGUGGUGCAAAAAUUGCCAAGAUUUUCACUGAAGAAGAGCUAAAAAAGGCCACCAACAACUUCCAUGCGAGUCGAAUACUUGGUGAAGGAGGGCAUGGUACAGUUUUCAAAGGAAUAUUAUUGGGUGGCAAAGAAGUGGCAAUUAAGAAAUCCAAAAUAAUGGAUAAAGGUCAGAUUAUAGAGUUCAUAAAUGAGGUUGAUAUCCUUUCCCAAAUAAAUCAUAGAAAUGUGGUAAAGAUCUUGGGAUGUUGCUUAGAGACACAGGUUCCAAUGUUAGUUUAUGAAUUCAUCUCUCACGGAACCCUCUUUCAACAUAUCCAUAAUGAGAAUCAGGCAGUGUCUAUUUCAUGGGGAAACCGUUUAAGAAUUGCCACUGAAACAGCUGGUGCACUAGGGUAUUUGCACUCUGCCCAUUCAAUACCAAUCCUUCAUAGGGAUGUCAAGUCUUGCAAUAUACUACUAGAUGAUAAUUACACAGCAAAAGUAUCUGAUUUCGGGGCUUCAAGAUUGGUUCCUUCUGAUCAAACUCAAAUGAUGACAUUAGUUCAAGGGACCUUAGGGUACUUAGACCCAGAAUGCUUUCAAACAGGUCAACUAACUGACAAAAGUGAUGUUUAUAGCUUUGGUGUUGUUCUUGCAGAGCUCUUGACUGGGCUAAAGCCACUUCCACCUGAAGGAUUUGGGGAACAUAAAAGCCUGGUGAUGCAUUUUAUUUCUUCAUUGGAAGACAAUAAACUUCUUCAUAUUCUUGAUGUCCGAGUGGCAAAUGAGAGAAAUAAAGAGCAGUUUUUAUCAGUUGCUGAGAUUGCAAGAAAAUGCUUAAAUAUUAAAGGGGAAGAUAGGCCAACAAUGAAAGAAGUUGCAACAGAGCUUGAAUCCUUGAGAAUAUUCUAUGAACACACAUGGUCACAACAUGAAUAUGGGGUAACUGAACACUUUUGUGGAUGAACCAUCAAUAAAUUCCAGUCACUGCAACUGCUCAAGAAACUCUAGGGAAUAUUGUCUUGCUAUCAUUACUGAAUGGUUGUUGAUUUUUUAGCUAAUUAUCAUUGCGAAAAUAA